UUAACCCAGGUGGACCCUCACAAAGAAGUGCAGGCAUGAACAGGAAGAACUCCCCAACAUGCUUUUCGGCAGAUUUAAUAUCUGCUCAAACACAUCCAAGGACUCUUUCUCCAGAAGGAUUAACUGAUCCUCUUGAAAUUUUAUCGAGGAAGAGAAGAAACGGAGAAGUUUUCGUCGAGGAACCAUCAGCUGCAUGGAUUCCUUCUCCAGAAGGACUAACUGAUCCACUUGAAUUUUUAUUGAGGAUCAAAAGAAGUACGGAGAUUGCAGACGCAGCACUAAGAGCAUUAAUACCAGCAGAAUUAAUACAUGCUCUUCCGGGAUUUAUCGGGCAUCCUAUUGCUGAGUUGAUUAAUUUUGUGAUAAAAAAGUUCUUUGGAUUAGCAGCCUGGAUUCUAAAAAAUCUUAUCCCCACAAAGUACUUGGCGAGAAUAAUGCCAGAGGAAUUGUGGACCUUUUUCCCAAAAUUAAGAGCGAAGUUAGCGAAGAGGCGGGGAAGAGGCAGGAAUUAAG